CAUGAUCCUGCAUCAGAUUCUGCGACUCUCGGCCACUUUUCGCUCCGCCGUCUCCGCCCACGUGCGCAGGAACAUCGGCCUGUCUGCCAUCGUCUUCAAUAAGACAAAGGAGCUGGACCCGGUUCAGAAGCUCUUCUUGGACAAGAUCAGAGAAUACAACACUAAGAGCAAGCAAGCUGGAGGGCCUGUUGAUGCAGGCCCUGAAUUUCAGAAAGACCUGAAUGAAUCCCUCACUAGGCUUCAACGGGCGUAUGGUGAAGGAGACCUCACCAAAUUUCCAGAAUUUAAGUUUGAGGAGCCAAACUUUGAGGAGACUCCAAAGUGA